UGGAGUAAAAUCAAUGCAACAUCUCACUCCAUAUUUCAUGAAUUGUUUGGAUUAACAAAUAUAUCACCUGAAGUCUCUUCUUAUAUCCUGUUGUUAGAUAAGUGCCUGCUUACUAAUUAGUCUUUUGGUUUAUUUUCCUCUGCAUUGAUUACGAUUGGAGCAACAAGACUCUUUUUCUGUUUGGAGAAAGCAUUCAAUGAGCAGUUAUGGGGUUAAUAAUUGGCAUUUAAUAUUCAAAUUGAGAUUUGGAAAGAUAAUCAAUUUGAUUAGUAAUGAGUUUAGGGUAUUUUUUGAAGAAGAAAAAAAUCAUAUAUAAAGAAAGCAAAAAGUGAGGUUUCUAGUUUGAGCCCAUCAUUAUCUACACAGUCGAUAAAUCACAGAUAGAUUUGGUAACUAAAUAUGUCUCAAACUAUUACAUUACAAAACAACCAACCACCAGUUGCUCAGUUAGAAGCUUUGAGCAUUGAUCGGAAAAUUGAAAACAUCAUCAAGAACAACAAGGAUUCAGCCUAUGUUCAUAGCGGAUCGGCCACUAGGAAAGAUGUUCCAGCAGGUGCUAAUCCAGAAGGUUUAAAGAAAUUACCACCAUCCACUCUCAAAAGAUUUCAAAAAGCUGGUGUUGAUCUAUCAGAGGGUUAUCCUGCGGUUCCUGACAAAAGCAAGAUUCCUGUAUUUCUUGACGAGGCAUUCCAAAUUAGAAACAAAGAGUAUCCAUACAUUGAAAGAGCAUUGAAUGCUGAUCCAGAGAAGAAAGCAUUGUUGGGUGCUGCCAAAGAAGUUAUUCAUCUUACCAAGAAAAUUGGUACUGAGAUUGUUGGAUUACAAUUAGCUGAUUUGACAGACCAACAAAAGGAUGAGUUGGCAUUGUUGGUUGCAGAACGAGUUGUUGUGUUCUUCCGAGACCAAGACUUGUCACCUCAAAAGCAAUUAGAAUUAGGACACUACUGGGGUCAAGUUGAAGUCCAUGCUCAAGUUCCAAGAGUUCCAGGUUUGGAUGGUGUCACUGUUAUCUGGCAAGACUAUACAACUACUAAUUUGACUUUCAAAAAUAAUAAUUUUGGAAACUUUGAUUCCAAAUUUGCUGGUUUGGGUACUCAAAACUGGCACAGUGAUUUGGUUCACGAAUUUCAACCAGCAGGUAUCACCCAUUUACACAACGAUGCUAUUCCAGACGUUGGCGGUGAUACAGCUUGGUCAUCAGGUUACGCUGCUUAUGACAAAUUGUCUCCAGCUUUACAACAAUUCCUAGAUGGCAAGGAAGCCAUCUAUGUCUCAGCCCAUGGAUAUCUUGACAGAGACGACCCAUUCAGUGGUCCAAAGAAAAUAGAGAGAAGACAUCCAAUCAUUAGAACUCAUCCUGCCACUGGCUGGAAAGCAUUAUUCGUCAACAGAAGUAUGACCAAAAGUAUUGUUGGAUUGGAACCUCCAGAAUCAGAAGUUAUCUUGAACUAUUUGUUCAACGUGUUGGAGAAGAAUACUGAUAUCCAAGUGAGAUUCAACUGGAAGUCAUCUAAACCGGGUUAUGGUACAUCUGCUCUCUGGGACAACAGAGUAUCGAAUCACAGCACCAUCUGGGACCAUGAAGGAUUGGAACCAAGACAUGGAACUAGAGUUACUUCAUUGGCAGAAAUUCCAUUUUUUGAUCCAAAAUCUAAGUCUCAAAGAGAAGCUUUAGGU